UCUCAAAGCUUGUGCUAGCAACAGCGCUUACCAAGUAGAGAGAAAAAAUAUUCCAUAAACAUCCCAGUUCUAGUGAAAUGGGUUCCCUAACACUGCCUAAUAAGCUCCCUACCAUCAAUUUCUCCAUUGAAGACUUGAAGCCUGGCUCAGCUUCUUGGCUGUCCACCGCCAAACAAGUCCGGUUUGCGCUUGAAGAAUACGGCUCUUUCGUGGCACAAUAUGAGCAAAUUUCUGGGGAACUUUUAAACAACAUGUUUGGCCAAGCCAAAGAUUUAUUUGAGGUUCCCAAAGAAAACAAAGUCAAGAACGUUGGUGAAGAACCCUAUCGUGGGCAUAUGGGUCCAAACCCCGGCCUGCCACUCUAUGAAAGCUUGUGCAUCGAUAAUGUGACAUCCCCACAAGAAACCCAAAAGUUCAAAAAUCUCAUGUGGCCCGAAGGAAAGAGCAACUUCUGUGAAACCACAGAUUCAUUUGGUCAGUUAUUGGCAAAUUUGGAACGCACAGUUGAGCAACUGCUAUUCGAAAGCUAUGGGAUUGGAAAGCAGUACGAGUCGGUUGGUAGUUCCAACGGUCACCUUGUUAGAUUCAUCAAAUAUACAGUACCAGAGGACAAGGAUGCCACCGUAAGGUUUCCGAGCCACACAGACAUAAACUUCACCACCAUUGUUGUUCAGCAUGAUAUCCCUGGCUUGGAGGUCAAAACCAAGGAAGGCGAUUGGAUUAAUGUUGAGUGCGCACCCUCACAAUUCGUAUUCAUGGCGGGUGAUGGAUUGCAGGUGUGGAGCAAUGACAGAGUAAAAGCUUGCCACCAUCGAGUGAAGCAUUGUGGAAACAAGACAAGAUAUUCAAUUGGACUGUUUACAUUCAACAAUGGGAUUUUCCAAGUGCCUGAAGAAUUAGUGGACGGAAGCCACCCACUGCUCUAUAAUGCAUUUGAUAGCCGUGCCUUUAUUCGAAAAUAUGCUACUACUCCAGAGUUGAAGAAGGAACCCUCUCCUAUCAAGGCCUUUGCCGGUGUCAAAUCUUAAUUUGGAUAAUUAUGGUUAUUGAUUUUAUUUUUAUUUUUUUAAGAGCAAGCUAUAUAUUUCAUUCAACUCAACAGCAAAACAACAAUGUUGGCAAGUACAAAUUUGGCCUAGGACCUUCGCGGUCCAUUAUGAAUGUAUUUUUUUAAUGUGAAAUUAUAAAUGUAUUUUUGGUUUGCAAGGAACCUGUCUUAUUUGUAUUGAUAGGUAAUUUUUGUGGGAUUCCAUGCAAAUAAUAUAUGUAUUUAAUACAAAAAAAAUUUAACUAUGUUCUUC